CAGACACCGGCCCUGUACAGUUGCGAAAAGGAACAUUAAUUGGAAAACGGUGGAAAAUUAUGAAGAAAUUAGGCGAAGGUGGUUGCGGUGCUGUCUACAAAGUGCAGGAUAUUAAAAAUGCAGGAUUCCAGGCUGCAUUGAAAGCUGAGUCAAAUUUUGUAGCCGGUGGAACCGUACUGAAGCUGGAAGUACAGGUUCUUCGUCGUUUAACCGGACUACUACAUGUUCCGCAAUUACUACAUGCCGGUAAAAAAGAACAAUAUUGUUACAUGGUAAUGACGUUACUGGGCAAAAAACAUCCUGCAUUCCUCCCAAUUUUCCUAGGAGGCCAUGAUCUACAUGGAUUCAAUUUGCUAAACUUCACAAGAAGAAAGACGAACAAAAUUCCACGCGCCAUUCAGGUCGGCUUCGUUCAUCGGGAUUUGAAACCGGCAAAUGUAGCCGUCGGACAGGCCAACACCCCGGCCUACCGAUUUCUACAUAUUCUAGAUUUUGGUCUCUCUCGCGAAUACAUCGUGAUGGAUGAGAAUAAAAAACUGCAAAUGAGAAGGCCUCGGCCUAGAACUCUAUUUCGUGGCACAACUCGAUACUGUUCCAUCAAUACACACAAUAAAGGUGAACAAGGACGAGUGGACGAUCUAUGGAGCGUAUUAACCUUAAACUACUACAGUCAUCCGGAUUACGCUGAACUACAUCGUUACCUAAUGGAAGUAAUGAAGAUUGGAAACUUUAAGUUGGUGACAUUCUGGCCUGGCUCAAUGCUUAUACUUGAAACGAUGAAUUGA